AUGCGACUCAAUGACUUCACCGAAACUCAGAAGACUCAUCACACGGUGUACCCCAGGUUCGAGAAAUCUCAGAAUGAUACCGAUCAUUUAAUUCCUUUCCAAAGACUUUUAAAUGGUAAUGAGUCGCAAGAAAUGGUCCAUAAGAGAUGGGAACUUUACAACCAAGUACAUUCUCAAUAUCAUUUACAGGUGGAUGAGAUAUUAAGAAAGAUUGAGAUCAAUCUACAUGGAGAAAUUGGUAGGGUUCUCACGACAACCUCUGAAACGAACAACUCUAAUACAUUCAAGUGUUUGUUUCUGUUGGGCUCUGAUAGCACUACAACAAUAAAUCUGCCAGAAACGGAUUCUACGAUCAAAAGUGCCCUUAUCGAUUUGACUCCGAAAGAGUCUCCGAAUAUUCGAAUGAUGCUGAGGAGGUCCAUGUUCAAACUUCUCACCGCCAUGGAACCCGCAAUGGCCUCUGUUGAGAAAGAGGAAAUGACGGAAGGAGAUCUCGAUGUAAUGCUAGAAGGCUCUGAACCACCAGAAUCAGAUGUUAAAGGAGGUCUGUCGUUGUUAGGAAUUUCUUACGACUUGUCGCUACUCGAAAACUUCUAUUCCAUUUUUCGAACCAAAUUGAAGCUAAUCUUGAACUUCAAGGACGUUGACUCUUUCAACUUUCAAGUUCUAGAUGACUUCAUAGUCCUGCUCAGCUCAGCUCUCCGACAUGAUUUUAUUGAAAUUUGUUUGGUUUUCAACAUUAACACCAACGUUUCCAACAUUGAAAAGAACCUUAAGCAAUCAACCAUUAGGCUAAUCAAGAAGAGUUUAAAGCAAUUGGAUCUUUCUCGAAAUAAGGGCUUCAAGUACUGCAAUGAGGUUUUUCUAAGUUUCCUGAACACAGUUGAGGGCAAAUUAAACCUGUCUCCAGAUUUUGUCAAGUUUAUUCUAGACAAAAUGAGCAAUAAUACGACCCAUAAUCUACAACUCCUGGUUAAAAUACUAGACUUUUCGCUAAUGUCGUAUUUUUUCCAGAAUCCUUUUUCGGUAUUCAUUGACCCUACUAACGUCAUCCAUUUUAGUGAGAGCUACGUGUCACCUUUACUUCGUUGUCCUACUUUCAUGAACUUCAUAGAUGGACUAGUGGGUGAACAUGCUCCAGGCGAAGAGAUACAUUCGCUACUGGAGAACAAGAACUCCAGCUUAGAGGAAUUUUUCGCGGAGUUUUUGGUGCGCGAAAAUCCUGUAAAUGGUCAUCUAAGAAUUGUGACUAACAUCCUGGAAAAUGUCGUUGGCAUUUCAAAUUACAAUUUAAUUGAGCUUUAUUAUCAUUUAUUGAUCGGCAGUUUGUCUACGUACGCAAAGAAAUGGCCUGCGUGCGACAAGCACGCCGAGUUUUUCAAUUUUGAGCCAGUGGACAUCAUGUUCCAAGAACUUUUUACCCUAACUAAUAGCAAAGAGUUAUUCACACAAUCGCUUUUCCCGCUUUUCAGGUCGAACCUGGAAGACAACCUCAUCAAUUCAGAACGAAUCUUACCACCGAGUACGGAGCAACGUGAUGAAGCCAUGACACGCACAGAGUCUCUUGAUGACUUAAUUGAUCUGCCCAUGUGUCGUCUGUUUAAUCUGUACAGGGAGGGCAGUGCUUUGAUAAACGUUUUCGAUUUCUAUACAGCUUUCAGGGAAACUUUACCUCAAGAGGAGCUGUUUGAGCGCUUAGCAGCCAUUAUAGAUUCUCACGAAAUAAAUCUGAGCGAGGAGCUCAUAGAGGAGCUCCAAAAAAUGAGAGGUGAAGGCAAGGAAGCUUUUUUGGAUAAGGUUGCUGUUGCUUGGUGCCUUCAGACAAUCUCCGAAUUCCAGCAUAUUGGCAUAUUGAAGUUUUACAAUUCCAAGUCUUACGAGGCUCUUGAAAAAUGCAUAUGGAGAGGUCUUUGA